AUGUCAGGAAUCUCUGAAAAAAGUGUCCUCAGGGGCCUAAGUAAAUUUACCAAGAAUCUCUCUCCAGACAAAAUCAACCUGAGCACGCUGAAAGGGCAGGGGCAGCUGACCAACCUGGAGCUGGAUGAAGAGGUGCUGCAGAAUGUGCUGGAGUUGCCCACCUGGCUUGCCAUCACUCGGGUCUACUGUAACAAGGCAUCUAUCAGGAUCCAGUGGACAAAGCUGAAAACACACCCAAUCUGCCUGUACCUGGAUAAAGUGGAGGUAGAGAUGCGAACAUGCGAAGAGCCUCGGCCACCCAACGGACAGUCUCCCAUUGCUCUUGCUGCAGGUCAAAGUGAAUAUGGCUUUGCUGAAAAGGUCGUGGAGGGGAUGUUUAUUGUUGUCAAUUCCAUCACCAUCAAGAUUCACUCCAAGGCCUUUCAUGCUUCUUUUGAGCUAUGGCAGCUCCAAGGGUACAGUGUCAACCCAAACUGGCAACAGAGUGACUUGCGACUCACCCGCAUUACUGAUCCACAGAGAGGAGAGGUUUUGACGUUCAAAGAGCUCACCUGGCAGACACUUCGGAUAGAAGCAGAUGCCACUGACAAUGGCGAUCAGGAUGCUGUUACUACUCCUCUGAGACUCAUUACCAACCAGGGGAGGAUCCAGAUCUCUCUCAAGAGAAGGACCAAAGACUGCAAUGUGAUGGCAUCUAAGCUGAUGUUUCUCCUUGAUGACCUGCUCUGGGUGCUGACAGACUCUCAGCUGAAAGCAAUGAUGAAAUAUGCGGAGUCUCUGAGUGAAGCUAUGGAGAAGUCUGCACAGCAGAGGAAAAGCUUGGCACCAGAGUCUGUACAGAUCACACCACCUCCUCCGAGUACCCAGCAGUCCUGGUCUCAGCCGUUUGGAGUCAGCCCAAAUGCAAGUAGCAUUGGUCAAUACUUUGAUAAGCAUGACAUGAAAGAGUCAUCAUACCACCUCCUCAUCUCACGCUUGGAUCUGCAUAUCUGCGAUGACAGCCACACUCGAGAGUCAGGCACUUUGAAACAUGGGAUGCUGGGAGGUGCCAUGCAGCUGACCUUCAGGAGGAUGGCUUUUGACUAUUACCCUUUCCACAGGGCAGGAGAUGCCUGCAAGCAUUGGGUGAGGUACAGUGAAGCAAUGGAAACACGAGGACAGUGGGCAAAGAAGUUGGUCAGUGAAUUUCAAAGCAAGAUUGAGAAGCUUUAUGAAGAAAUGGACCCUGCAUUUGCCAGGACUCCACUUUCCCCCUUCAAAAGGAAACCAGAUACUUCGUUGAGUCCUCAUAAAAGUCCCUUAGAGAAAGGCCGUGUACCUCCCACAAGUUUGCCACGACUCCGUCACCCUCCCUGGAACCGGCUUCGAUCCAGCUGUGUGGUGGUUCGAGUGGAUGACUUGGAUGUUCACCAGGUUUCUACGGCUGGUCAACAAAGUAAGAAACCCUCCACCUUGCUUUCAUGCAGUAGAAAAUUCUUCAAACUUCCUGAUCAAGUCUCUGCAAUCCAUAUUGAAUUCACAGAGUAUUACUUCCCAGACAAUCAGGACUUUCCAGUUCCAUGCCCAAACCUGUACGUACAGCUGAAUGGCCUGAUGCUUACCCUCGAUACAGCAAGUGUGCUCUGGAUAAACUUCUUCUGUCUGGAUCUUUAUCGCAGCUUGGAGCAGUUCAAAGCCAUCUACAAGCUGGAGGACUCGGGCAAGCAUGAUGAGCACGUUGAUGUUCGACUGGAUGGCUUCCGGCUGAAGCUUAACAUUCCCGUGGAGAAGAAAGUCACUGACCAUCAAGAUCGUCCACAGACACUCUGCAUUUGCACGUCAGAGAUGACUGCCACCAACACCCGCCACGCUCCCUUCUGCAGCUGUCAGGACCUCCAGAGCCUCUUCCGUAAAUUUGCCAGUUCAGAAUUCUUCCACUCCAGCUACACUAAGUUCCCAAGGUCUCAGGACAAUUUCAGCCUCCUCCACACCCUUUUCUUGCGCCAUGCAUAUGAGGUGGAUGAUAGGCCUCAGAAGCAUCAAGGCUUUCCCCGGCUACUACACAAAACCUCUGCCUCUGAAGAUCUGUGGUCUAUGAAUUUCACUGAGCUUUCCCUGGACUUUGAGGGGGCUGAAAGCUCAAAGGGCAGAGCCCUUAGCUUUAUUGACCCUUUUCCCCUUUCCAUUUGGGCCUGCCUUCCCAGGAGAUGGGGGCAAGCUCAGAUAUCUAAACGACAGGAAUUGGCUGCCUCUGAGUUGAAAAUCAAGUCUUCUGCCAGCUUUAGCAAUCACUCCAAGAAUGAGAACCUUUCUGGAGAACAUGGGGUUUGUCAAAGAUCAAAGACUGACCAGGAUCUGAAGAAUAUCUACAAGGUCCCAGAGACAAUGGAUGUCUUGAGAGAAUCUGACUGUGAAACUGAUGAUGUAGUAGACGAUAAAGAGCUGGAAGCCUCUGCUGAUAUCCAUGUGCUUGUGUCUUCAUCUGUUCAUGUCAAAGUUCGGCUCAACCACUACCAAUACUUAGUGCUGCUCAGGAUGAAAGAAGUUCUGCAAACACUACAGGAGCAGUUGGCCCAAGAUACCCAGGAAGUGACUGGGUCCCCUUUAGAUUCCAUGUCUGCUUGUGUAGGAGUUAUGUUCCACAGUGCCGAAGUGGCCCUGCUCAUGAACCCCGCACCAGGCUCUGUCUUGGAACCCAGAUCCCUUGACUCGGACACAACAAGCCUGAUUGAGUCUGAGCUCUCGCCUUCAGACAGCAAGGAGGGGCUGGUGGCAGAAGAGAAGGAGCCGAAAUCGGAGACCAGUUCGGAGAAGGGAGUAUGCAGUACCUCUGAGGUCCCAGAGGACAGUGGGAUUGAAAAUACAGGUAUCAGUGUAACCACUCCACAUAGUAAGAGCAUAGAGGAGAAAGGUUUGAUAGAGGAAGCGCAUGAAGCUGUGGAAGCCCUGGUUGCAGAAAGACCAGCUGAGACCAGCAGCCAUCCUCAGAGCCCUCCUGCUCUCCCUUCUAGUCCAACCUCAGACACCCAGCCCUUGGGGAGAGGAAACAUCACUCUCAAUGGCCAGGCAGAACUCAUCCCUUUGAAGAACAUAGAGGUGGAGUUGUCUAGUGCGCUGCAUAUCACAAAAGAUGCUACAAAGGACGCUCUGCAUGUGACUAUGGACCUCACCAAAGAAGCCAUGUCUAUAACAAAAGAUGCUCUGAGCCUGAGCCGGGAGAAGAUGACCUCCACCAUGCAGAAAAUGCUCUCUCUCCCCCCAGCCAAGGAUUCUGUGCCCAAAGCAGAAGAGGGAGCAGUGACUCCAGGUGGGAGUGGCAGCAGCCGAAUGCGUUUCUUCUCCAUGAAGAGAACAGCAUCCCAGCAUUCCUUUGACACCACUUCUGUGGAUGGGAGCGGCCCUGAGGAUGGGCUGUCUGUGGACAGUGAUGGCAGUGACGGCUUUGUGAUGCUCACGGACUCUGGGCAUCUUCCUCAGGUCCACAAUGACACAGGCAGUAGAGCAAGCCUGAUGGCAGAGGACGAGGGUGGAGUGUCUCCUGACAUAAACAGCUCGACUUCACAGAGUGAAGACCCCAGCCUUCAGCUGGUGUCUGUCCUCGUGCUGAAGAUGAAUGAGGUGAACUGUGGCAUAGAAGCACGGGGUGAUGAUUUGUCUGUUGCUUUACAAGUAACGAACGUGGUUCCAGAGCAACUGAACAACAUUGGAAUGUGGCAGUAUCUGCGUCGCUAUCUGGGAGAUCCAGGUAUGGAGAAGCCUUCAGUCCCUGAAGCUAGUAAGACCCAGCCAGAAGUGUGCUUACGUCUUGAAGUGGGACCUAAUGCUGCUGUGCAUUCGCCACUUGCUGUGCAGAAUGGCUUCCUUCAUAUGCUGGUCCACAGUUACACAGCAGAGCUCUUCAUGUCCUUCCUUACCAACCUCGGCCCCUUUCUUGAGGAUGAAAUAAUUCCAGAGGUGAUCCCCAUGGAGAUAGAAGUUGUGGAUGCCAAAAUCACAUUGAAGGAUGACAGCCCCCGGGUAUACCCUACCUCCCCUGGCCCUGUUCCUAUCACCUUGGCAGUAGAUCACAUCAUCGUGAAGCGCAGAGAUGAUGGGGUGUUCUAUUUAACAGCUCCGCAAGGGGACGGCUCAUUGAAACAGGAAAAACCUGUGUCGGUUCUUCGGGAACAGAAGGCCCCAGCAGAGUACAUCUUGGCAGCCCCAGCAGCAGGAACACGUGGACUGCAGUUAAAGGAAGUGCCAGAGUUGCAAAGGGAGCUUCAGACCAUGAAAAUAGCCCUUGCAGAAGCCAACAUGGACAAGGCUCGCCUUCUGCAGGAAAUUAGGAAAUACAAUCCCCUCUUCCAGCUCUGA